AUGGAUACCUCUGAUUAUGACUGUUUCUAUGCCUCAGUUUUCGAGGCCGAGCGACCUGAAUUGAAGUCACUCCCCCUGGCAGUUCAGCAAAAGCAGAUCGUGGUAACUUGCAACUACGAAGCCCGGCGGCGAGGUCUACAUAAGUUGCAGCUCAUCAAAGAUGCCAAACGCAUUUGUCCCGAUGUGGUAAUAGUUCUAGGUGAAGACUUGACCAAGUUCCGAGAUGCCUCCAAAGAGCUUUAUCUGCUAGUUCGGUCCCUUGUCUGGGGAGACCGUGUCGAAAAGCUAGGCUUUGACGAGCUCUUUCUCGACGUCACAGAAAUGAUUGAUUACAACACUGGAGUGCUAAAUCAAAAUGACUUGGCGAAUUCGUAUUUUCAUCUUGAUCGGAAGGACCCGACCGUUGGGUUUUCUUACGAUGCCACUCGUUUCCACGGAUCGACCUUCCCCGCAAUGGAGACAGCCUCCGUGGCUCAGAAAGCUUCGUCUUCGUUGGAAAUGAGGUUGCUGGUUGCCUCUCAUUUACAGGGUCAUAUACGGAGUAAGUUGGAGCAUCAAGUAGGCUUCACGGCUACGGGCGGAAUCUCAACCUCCAAACUGUUGGCAAAGUUGGUCGGUAAUGUCCACAAACCCAACGGUCAGACGACUCUUCUGCCACCAUAUACGACCGAAGAUAGUACUAGCAACGUGUUCCAGUUCCUGGAUGAUCACGAGAUCCGAAAAAUCCCUGGAAUUGGUUCACGGAUUGCCCAGAAAUUGAAAUCCCACAUGACAGGGCAAGAGAGCGUCGAUGAGAAGAUUACAGUCAAGGAUAUCCGCCAGUUCCCUGGUAUGGGCCCACCUCUACUGGACAGAAUCCUUGGCGGGCCAGGUUCAGUGAAAGGGAUCGGGAUGCGCAUGUGGAACAUUCUCCAUGGUGUAGAUAAUUCUGAGGUGCUCGAGGGUCGCGAUGUGCCUACCCAGAUCAGCAUCGAGGAUUCAUAUGGCCGUUUAGAUACGCUCGACGGUGUACGACGAGAGCUAGUAGUGUUGUCACGAAGUUUGAUCCGCCGUGUAAGAACCGACCUGCUUGAUAUGAGUGAUGACACUGCUCCUCAAGGAAGAUGGCGUGCUCAUCCUCGCACGCUACGAUUAUCGACCCAGUCAAGACCUCCCGAUUUUGGUACCGGACGUGCAUACAAUUCCAAUCGCAUCUCUCGCUCGGCACCCCUGCCACCCUUUAUUUUCAACCUGGAUGAGAAUAUUGAUGCAUUGGCUGAACGGCUGGUCCGGGAAAGUGUCUUCUCUAUGUUUCGCAAAUUACAUCCCGAAAAGGGGUGGAAUCUUAGAUUGUUGAACAUUGCGGUUACCAAUAUGGUGGAGAGUGCGGGAGAUCAGAAGAAAAACAGUGGACGUGAUAUUGAGAAAAUGUUUCGACAGCAGGAGACAGUACUCAAGGAUUGGACUGUACAGGAAUCAUCUGAUGUGCCUGAGAUAUCACAGUCGGAUGAUGGAUGGGAUGAUGAUGAACCCUUGGGAACACGAUCACAGGCCUCAGAGGCCAUUCGACGGGUGACAGCCGUUGACAAUCCUAUCAUUCGUACUCCUUCACACCAAAUAGACCACUUAUCGGAUUUCGAUAUCACCUUCGCCUUACACCAAGACGGCAAGCGCAUAAAGCUAGAACUCAAGCCAAAUCAUGAUAUCUUGGCCGAUGACGCUUACGUACAAUACGUUGGUAUCGAUGGCACAAUCACACAUGCGGAACCGAUCAAGCGACACGAACAUAAAGUCUUCCAAGGUCGUGCCUUGGUAGGAUCUGGCAAGGGGAGAUGGACGCCUGUGGGUUGGGCAAGAAUCACCGUCAAAAGGGAUGGUCUAGAGCCCCUCUUUGAGGGUGCUUUCAGUGUCAACGAUGACAAGCACCACAUUGAGUUACAGUCAACCUAUCUUGACAAGAAGCGCCCGAUCGAUGCCGAUGUCGAACCCAGAGAUGGGGAAUCCAUGAUAGUCUACCGUGACUCCGACAUGAUUAGCUAUACGCAUUCUGAGCUCAAGAAGCGGUCGCUUUCUCUAUCCGAAGGCUCCGACGGGUGCGGUGCAGAUCGACUUGGGUACAAUGCUGAUCUAUCCAGUUCGAUCUUCUCAUAUGACAUGGACGAAGCAGAUGGUCAGUGGGGUGUUGCUUCGUUGAACUCGAUGUUUGGAUUGGGCAAGCGACAGUCAUCAGAUAUUGGCGGUGUCGCAGGAAACACUGGCGGCGUGAAUCUGAAAACGACCAUCGGCGAUUCCAGUGGAUGUCCUAAAACGAAGAAAGUCGCCUUGAUCGGAAUUGCAACGGAUUGUGAAUUCACCGAAUCAUUCAUGGCUACCAACUCUACCCCUAGGGAAGCGGCCAAGGACUGGAUCAUCAACGUGGUCAACACGGCUUCAAAUCUCUAUGAGGAAUCUUUCAAUAUCUCCAUUGGUUUGCGGAAUCUUACAAUCUCCGAGACAGGCUGCACCAGCACGGGCUCUACUGCUACGCCCUGGAAUGUGGACUGCAACGGCGGAAACGUCACCUGGCGCUUGAAUGAAUUCUCCAAGUGGCGCUCAACUCACUCAGAUGACAAUGCCUACUGGACUCUGAUGACAAACUGCCCUACAGGCACCGAAGUUGGAGUGUCAUGGAUGGGCCGUCUGUGCUCCUCCGAACUAGUCACAUCCGGAGCUAACUCUGUGGCUGGUGCCAACGUCGUAGUUCGCAAUUCCGGCUCUUCCUGGCAGGUGUUUGCCCACGAGACUGGUCACACCUUUGGAGCAGUGCACGACUGCGACGAGACCGGCUGCAAGGACAAGUUAGAAGCCUCGUCUCAAUGCUGCCCGCUAAGUUCAUCGACCUGCGAUGCCGGUGCCAAAUACAUUAUGAACCCAUACGCUCAGAACACCAUGACUAAGUUUUCCGACUGUACCAUCGGUAACAUCUGCUCCGCCAUUGGCAGAAACAGCAUCAAGUCUUCUUGUCUAUCCGACAAUCGCGGAGUCGUCACAAUCACCGGCAGUCAAUGCGGCAACGGCAUUGUCGAAGGCGACGAAGAGUGUGACUGCGGCGACGAAGAAAGUUGCAGCGGCAACUCAUGCUGUGACCCAAAGACCUGCAAAUUCAAAGACAGUGCUGUCUGCGACGACGCCAACGACAGCUGCUGCAUCAAAUGCCAGUUCGCCUCCGCCAAUACCAUCUGCCGUGCCAGCACCGGAGAAUGUGACAUCGCCGAGACGUGCAGCGGAUCCUCAAGCUCCUGUCCCGAAAACAAAUACAAAGACGACGGUGCAAGCUGCGGACAGAAGGACCAGGGACUGACCUGUGCUAGCGGCCAAUGCACCAGCCGUGACUACCAGUGUCGCACAGUGAUAGGCUCCAUGCUGAACACCAACGACAGCUGGGCCUGCGAAAACACAAAUAGACCAUCCUGCGAUCUCAUCUGCGGUGCACCCUCACUCCCCCACACAUUCGGCACCACGGAGUGCUACAACAUGAACCAGAACUUCCUCGACGGUACACCCUGCGAUGCCGGUGGUCGCUGUAGCGCAGGCCAGUGCAAGGGUUCCUCGGCUCUGGGCUGGAUCAAACAGCAUGAGAAGCUAGUUAUUGGCGUCUGCGUUGGCGGCGGUACGCUGAUCCUGCUCUCUCUCAUCGUCUGCAUCUACAGUCGCUGCAAGCGCAGUUCACAGCUGCGUAAGGCCCGCAAGGCUAUUCCCCCUGGUACAUACCGCCGCUACAAUGGGCCCCAGCCUAGUGCUCGCCAGCCUAUGGAUCAGUGGCAUGGAUACCGGAAUGACGGUUACCAGAAUAUGCCUUACCAGAAUGUGCCUCCCCCUGGUCCCCCGCCACGAUACUCAUGA